CACUAAGGAACACGAAAGAAUCUGUGUGAUGGGGUGGGGGUGGGGUUACACUCCUGGGAGUGAGUUAGUGUAGAACCGCCACUGUAGGGUCACAUCCUGACACCAGAACCUUCAUAAGGACAGUGAGAAUUCAGAUAUUGAAAACAGCUUUUUUGAGUCCAGAAAGAAGCUGUUGAGACUGAAGAAAGAGCCGCGCUGUCAAAGCUGCUGCUUUAAGGAGCAUACCACUGCUUUCACAUUUGGAGCCUGAACUUCUGGUUCUACAGAUCAUCAGACCUGCGGGACUUUCACUUCCUCUUCCUAUCGGGCUGCUCACUUCCUCAUUCAGCCUGGAACCCCGCCGAGCGCCAGUAUGAAGGACAGAACCGGAGCUGCGGAACGGGCCGCGCUGUCCCGACAGGAAGUCUACGAGGAUUACGUGAGGAGUUACCCGCAGCUGUACCCGGAGAUCCGGCCUUGCGGAGACGCCCGCCUCCUGGAGAGGGCAGCCCAGUAUCUGCGGGGGGAACCGGACCUCAGAAAGCCUUUCACCGUCUUCCCAUUCUAUCAGGCGCUGGCCGAACGGCGGGGGGAACAGAGCGCCACCUGCAGGAAGCACCUGGAGGCCGUCAUCCGGUGCGCGGAGCUGCUGGAGACGGUGUGCGUCCACCUGCGGGUGCAACCAUGGAGGAAGGAGAUCCGCAACAUCAAGACCUUCACGGGGCCAUUUGUCUACUGUCUCCUGGCGGUUUUCAGCAUGUCUACCCUUCAGUCAAUUCUGGCCUUUAUUGGCUACCUGCCCCACAAUGAAGAGGAGUUCAGACUGAAUAUGGAGGUCAGCUCAGAUGCAGCACUGGUGCUCGGCUUUGAGCUGCUACUUGCCAGGAUGGAAUGUAGUCACCUGUUGGAGCUACUUGCCAAAGAUCAUCUGGGACCAAAGGACUGGUCAGAUGUUCUUCAAAGAAGAGCGCAGUCCACAAAACCUUUGGAAGGAGAAAAGGAGAACACAAUGGAACAGAAGGAGGAGGAGAAAACCGUUGAGCGUGAUAAAAACGAGGCAUCCAAGUUUUUGGAGAGCUGGCCUUUGAAACCUCAGCCCAAGUCUCAGCGCUGCUACCUCAGUGCAGAUCAGUCGAUAAUGGAGAUGCAGAGAAUUUAUCCUGACCUGGCCUUUAGGGGGCGCCCUUUGCGUCAAGAACAGCUUUGUAAGGGAGCACUUUGCAGUUCUGAGAGAUCUGAUGGAGAUGCUGCUGUGGUCCACAGCCAAGAGGAUGUAAGCGAGCCAGGCAAAGACCUGGACAGUAGUGACAUCUGCACAGGUGGGACCACCCCUCCACCAGACCCAAAUGGCAGCAGUUGCUGCAACGGGAAUGAAGAAAGGGCAAAUGAGGUGCUCAGCGGCCCUCAAGCCAUCUCCCUGCACAUCACCCUGAGAGCUGGGCAACGAACAAACACAGGCUCCAUGUUGGCCAGGCCUCGCUUCUCUGCAGAGCUCCCUGGAGAGGUGCAGCAGCAGCCAGUCCGAAGGAAUGACAGGGGGAGCGAUGCAGCACUUCAAACCUUGAGCUCCUUAGAUGAAGAUGAAAGGGACCUCAGGGAUCUGGUGAAGAGGAUGGACACGCCCACAGAGAAGAUGGAGGAGCAUCCAAUUAAAGACAGGAGGCUCAGAGAGAUGAAGUCCAGCUCAGAUGAGAGCCUCCUGGAAUCUGCUCCAUCUGCACGCAGACGGCGGAACCUGACCACUGCGGGGCGCCAUGCAGGUCUAAGGAGUCAAAUGGACUUGAAGGGAGAAUCAGAAGAGGAGGGGGGUCAGAAGGAAAAAGAGUGCAUAGUUUAGUUGGAGUUGUACAUCAAGAUCUUGUUCAAAGUCAAACUGCGAACAUUUUGGAUCAGAAACAGAAAUGAUCUGGCAGCAGACUGUGAGCCCAGCAGGAGAUGUGCUAAACCACAACCUGAGCAGAGCUGCCAGGGGCCCCAUUUCCACAACUUUGCACAUAGUUCAGCAAACAUGACAUACGCACAAAUCCCAAAAUGAGAAAAAAACUACUUUCAGAUUUAUAAAAGUGUUGGUGUUUUCACGCAGGGGUCUCUUUCUAAACACCAUUCUUAAAUCAGAUGUGCGUGAUUACACGUAAUGUUCUGCCCCGCCCAUUUGUUCAGAGAAGGUCCAUGACAUGAUGGGAAACUAAUAUAAAAACUUUUUAAAAAGUUUUGGUUGGCCAAUCAGGAAACCGAUCAGGGAAAAGAAAAAUGUGAUGUGAGUGUGCUGAGAGGUUGAAAGUCAGGUUUAGUUCGUGUGUGUGAGGAAGAAUUAUAAUUUAGCGUCAGCUCAUUAAUUGCAAGUCAUUCAUUCAUCUUCUAAACCCGUUUGAUCUUUUUCGGGGUCAUGGGGCUGCUGGAGCCUAUCCCAGCUACUUGUGGGCGAAGGCAGUGGACGCCCUGGACAGGUCGCUAGUCUGACGCUGGGCCACAAUCACACACUCACAUUUGGCAAGAUUUUCAAAAGGCAAUCUCUACCUCAUGAAAGCAGUUAAUUGUCUUCAACCUCAAUCUCCCUCUUUUCUGGAGGUUCCCAUGUGAAAUCAUCUGCAGAAAAUGGCAGGAAGUGACAGUGACAAAAAAAAAGAGUUCAAAAAGACUGAUGCUGAUGACAAUGUAGAGUUUGUAGACCUCUCCACUGUUUGCAAAUAUCUACAGGGGUAUGAGAAUGCCUUUCCUCAGCUCCAUGGUAUGUACAUACUCCAUUGUGAUUGGUGGAUCAUCUGCAACAUGUGAAAGCUCUUUCUCUACUUUGUCUCCAGUUCUUAUCCCCUUCUGCAGCACCAUACUACAUUCCAGAAAACCAAAUUUAGUUAUUUUAGCUCAUGAGAAGGCCAUGACAAAAAGCCUGCAUAUGGAUUCAUUUGUUAGGACUUUUGCACAAAAAAACAUACGACUAAUGCUGUAAUGGCUGGUAGAAGCCAUGCUGUGUGUUCAGAACUAAAUAAAUUCAUUCAUCUUCUUAA